AAGAUGACUUAUUUAAGAAAUGCCCUUUGUCUUCUCCUUGUAGUUAUAGUUCCUGGGAUCAGAGGUUACUUUGUAACUAUAGAAGCUCAUUCAGAAGAAUGCUUCUUCGACAAGGUGAAGACAGGAACCAAGAUGGGGUUAAUAUUCGAGGUUGCUGAAGGAGGGUUUCUAGAUAUUGAUGUUAAGAUAGUUGGUCCAGAUGCUAAAACUAUUCAUGAAGGAAACAGGGAAUCCAACGGGAAAUACACUUUUGCUGCCCACAUGGACGGAGAGUACAGAUACUGCUUCAGUAACAAGAUGUCCUCUAUGACCACCAAGAUUGUGAUGUUCAACAUGGAAGUCUCUGAGAGUCCUGCAGAACCUGAAGCAGGAGGAGAAGGGGGGGAGGGGGAGAUCACCCACAACAAGCUGGAGGAGAUGAUUAAGGAGCUCUCUACCUCACUUUCAGGAGUUAAACAUGAACAGGAGUAUAUGCAGGUUAGAGACAGGAUCCAUAGGAAUAUCAAUGAUUCAACUAACUCAAGGGUUGUGAUGUGGUCGUUCUUCGAGGCCCUUGUCCUCGUCUCGAUGACUGUUGGACAGAUUUACUACCUCAAGAGGUUCUUCGAGGUCCGCCGGGUCGUCUAGAAGUACCGCGCUGGAGACUUAAAAUGGAAAUCCUUAUUUUGAAGAUUAAAAAUCGAUUCAAUUGUUUUUUGUUUCUUUAAAAGUGUUAAAAACAUGAAGCAUAAUAUAUAAGUAAGCAUUA